CGGCAUCAACCCGGCCUUGCCUAACCGCACAGUGGUCUCCUGGGUCAUCAUUCAGAUCACUCAGACUACUUCCGACGCCAGGGUAGGCCAACUCUGAUUUCGCUUGGAUGGCGUCUUGGCGAGAAAGGUCUAUUAUACCACCUAGCCCCCUACUAGUGAACAGAAAGAGGUAAGUAGUGUUGGUGCUAUGCUUGCAAUAUACCUCUGCUGUAUCUGGCUUUUCAUCAUCCUUGUGGCUGCUCAAUUCCAUUGCCUGGACAAACAAUUGGCAAAAAGAACAGUCCAAGUUCCGCCUCAGGUCACCUAUGGUUCCGAGGCAUACUAUUUCUCUGGGAUAAGAUUUUGUGCCGGUAAGUAAACCGAUAGGAUCCAAGUCUUUGCAUUUACAUGUAAAGACAUGGUUGCUCAGUUGCUUUCGAUUCUCACCCCAGAAAACCAUCUGCCGGGUUGAGUCCUGUUUUCAACGUUCGUCUUAGCGCAAAGAUCCACAGUGACCUUAAAAGAUAGAUAGCCAGCGUGAAUACCCACUCUGACUCCCGACUGUCGUGAAUGGUAAACAAAAAAAUAAAAAAAAAAUAAAUAAAAAUAAACCGCAGCCGGUACAGAAGAUAAAAUGAUAUGUGACACUCUAGUUAUGGCUUCAUGAAAUCCUG